GAGUUGAUCUGGGGGGUGUUUUGUUAGAAGAAAAUUUAUGGGAUAGAAAAAAAAAACUGAGGAACAUGAAAGUAUUAACUUGCAAUAAUAACUCAGAUGCAAGUUUACCUCCACAAACGUCACUGUCAUAUUCCAUUUGUGUCGUUCAGACAUGACAAUCAAGAUUCGUUUGUAAGUAAAUAUCUAACUGAAAAUAAAAUAAUAAUAAUAAUAAAAUAAAUAAACUCAAUCUCCCUCCUUGUCCAGAGACAACUGAGAAUUUAACACUACAAAAGAUGAAUAGUUUCGCUCUCCGUUCCCUCUCAACCACCGCUUCUUCAUCACUCUCCCAUCUCUCUCUCCACCGUUCAUCAUUCUCACUUCCUCACCCUUCGAUCUCCCUUCACACCUCAUCCACAACCGUCCCAUCACUCUCCAUCUCCUCUCCUCGACUCGCUCCACGCGCCACCGCCUCCCCGGAGACACAGAGCAACCCUCAAGGAGCUAAGUUAACACCUCUCGCAAUCUCCAUCUCAAUAGGUCUCAUCGUCCGCUUCUUAAUCCCAAGACCCGAACAAGUGACGUCACAAGGAUGGCAACUACUCUCAAUCUUCCUCUCCACCAUCUCAGGCCUCGUACUCGGCCCACUUCCCGUCGGGGCAUGGGCCUUUAUCGGCCUAACCGCUUCCAUCGUCACCAAAACGCUUUCUUUCUCAACGGCUUUCGCGGCUUUCACCAAUGAGCUUAUUUGGCUUAUCGCCAUCUCGUUCUUCUUCGCUCGUGGGUUUAUAAAGACGGGUCUUGGAGACAGGAUCGCUACUUACUUCGUGAAGUGGCUUGGGAGAAGCACUCUUGGUUUGUCGUAUGGUUUAGUGUUAUGUGAAACGUUUAUGGGUUUGAUAAUGCCGUCUACGAUGGCUAGAGCGGGUGGGGUUUUCUUGCCUGUGAUUAAGUCUUUGUCUCUCUCUGCCGGGAGUAAACCUGGUGACUCGUCUUCGAGGAAACUUGGUGCUUUUUUGAUUCAGACUCAAUUGCAGUGUGCAGGGACUUCUGGUGCGCUUCUCCUCACAUCAGCUGCACAAAACUUGCUAUGUCUCAAACUAGCUAGAGAAGUUGGUGUGGUUCUCACAAACCCAUGGGUCUCUUGGUUUAAAGCCGCGAGUGUUCCUGCCUUUGCGUCCCUUCUUUGCACACCUCUCAUCAUCUACAAGCUUUACCCUCCUGAGCUGAAACACACACCGGAAGCUCCUGCUGAAGCUGCAAAGAAGCUGGAACGGUUAGGUCCCAUCACUAAAAAUGAAUGGAUCAUGCUUGGUGCAAUGGCCUUCACCGUCUCUCUUUGGGUUUUCGGAGAAGCAAUAGGAGUAUCUAGUGUUGUAUCCGCGAUGAUUGGUCUAUCAACGUUACUACUAUUGGGAGUCAUAAACUGGAAUGAUUGUCUAAGCGACAAGUCAGCUUGGGACUCGCUGACUUGGUUUGCCGUUUUGAUCGGUAUGGCUGGACAACUAACAAACCUAGGGGUCGUCGCUUGGAUGUCGGAUUGUGUGGCUAAGGUGCUACAAUCACUCUCCCUGACUUGGCCUGCUUCGUUAGUUAUCCUUCAGGCUUCUUAUCUCAUGCUCCAUUACGUGUUCGCAAGCCAAACGGCUCAAGCCGGUGCUCUCUAUCCAGCUUUCUUGGCCAUGCAUAUUGCUGCUGGUGUUCCCGGGGUUUUAGCAGCUCUUUGCUUGGCUUUCAAUAACGUUCUUUCUGGUGCAUUGGCUCAUUAUAGUAGUGGACCAGCUGCUUUAUACUAUGGAGGUUUGUUCUCUUUCUCUUGUCUAGUUGUCUCAUUUUUUUCUUAAGUCAUUGAACAUUUAUAUAAUAUUCUCUUACAUAUUUUUAUUUUGGAUUCGCAGCUGGCUAC